AGAGCUGCCCUCCUCCUCGAGCGUGCUCGAGCACCAGUUGAGUGAUGGGGGUGAAUGUUAGCCGGGCAGAGAAGUGUGAUCGGUCAGGUUCAGAGGUUAAAAGGGACGAAUUAAGGUCGUUUCAAUGAGCCAUCGUAAUAAAUUAUUUCUUUGACAUUAUCUGGAGUCAAGAGCAUAAGCUUCUUCUCCGGACCUUGCUUGCCUAUCCAAUUCGGGUGUCCCCCAUUCUACGACUAUUGACUGAGGUUACGAAAUCCAGCGAUAGCGGAAGCGCGUAAUCUCCCCAGAAUAUGACGCAGAAGCAGCCGACCACAUGGUGUUUUCUCAAAUCCGAAAAUGUGCGUCACAAAAACCAGUCGGCGGGCGGGCGGCAUCUGCGCGCCUGGGGCCGAUCAGCUGACCGGCCACGCCACCGCCCGGCCCUCUGACGUCAUCGCCGCCCUCGGAGCGCCCAUCUUAUAAGCACGGAGCCGGCCGGCCGACGCAUAUUCGUUCGUCUGCUUCGAGAGUCGGUGGUCGUGUGUUCAGCUCUUCCGAGGUUUCGAUAUAAAGUGACAAGAUGUUUACCAACAAGACUGUUCUGGACCGGCGCCUGCCCUGCGUUCACAGGUACCUGAGUCUACCGAUACCUGACAACACCACGCAAUGCAUGUACGUCUGGAUCGACGGCACUGGAGAGCACGUCCGUGCCAAGACCAAGACGGUGGACUUCAUCCCCAAGAGCCCGUCAGAGCUCCCCAUCUGGAACUUUGACGGCUCGUCGACCGGUCAGGCGGAGGGCAGCAACUCGGACGUGUACCUGUACCCCGUGGCGCUCUACCGGGAUCCAUUCCGCCUCGGCAACAACAAGCUGGUGCUGUGCGAGACCUACAAGCACAACCGCAAGCCCGCCGACACCAACUUCCGCCACACCUGCAAGGAGGUGAUGGACAAGGCCGCCGAGCAGCACCCGUGGUUCGGUAUGGAGCAGGAGUACACCCUGCUCGACUCCGACCAGCACCCGUUCGGCUGGCCCAAGAACGGCUUCCCCGGACCGCAGGGACCCUACUACUGCGGCGUGGGCGCCUCCAAGGUGUACGCCCGCGACGUGGUGGAGAGCCACUACCGCGCCUGCCUGUACGCCGGCGUCAUGAUCGCCGGCACCAACGCCGAGGUCAUGCCGUCGCAGUGGGAGUUCCAGGUCGGUCCGGCUGAGGGCAUCCGGAUGGGUGACGACCUCUGGAUGGGCCGCUUCCUACUGCACCGCGUCGCCGAGGACUUCGGCAUCAACGUGUCUCUGGACCCGAAGCCGAUCCCGGGUGACUGGAACGGCGCCGGCUGCCACACUAACUUCAGCACGCUGGCCAUGCGCGAGAAGGGAGGAAUCACGCACAUCGAGAAGGCGAUCGAGAAGCUGGGCUCCAACCACGCCCACCACAUCAAGAUGUACGACCCGAACGAGGGCCGCGACAACAGCCGCCGGCUGACCGGCCGGCACGAGACCUCGAGCAUCCACGACUUCUCCGCCGGCGUGGCAAAUCGCGGCGCCAGUAUCCGGAUCCCGCGCCAGGUGGCCGAGGAGGGAUACGGAUACCUGGAGGACAGGCGGCCCAGCUCCAACUGCGACCCGUACCGGGUCACAGAGGCCAUCGUGCGCACCACGUGUCUCGACUAAGCGGGCCGCGUCCGUCCGUCGAGCCGCAGCCACAUUCCGCCUCCGUCAGAGCAGCGUCCGCUGCCGAUCGGCGUCCGGACAAAGAAGUUCGCUGUGGUACAUGUCCUCGAGCGUCGUCAACUAAGAUGGAGAAGUUCGCAUCAAGAUUGUACUGUGUGAUUUAAGCCGAGCGUCGCGUUUGCCAUUCAGCUGUCGUUUUUAGGCGGUCAUUUUAACGCAUUCCAGAUUGACUGCCCAUGGUGGUUGGUUUUACACGGUUUUUAUCGCCAUGGUUGUGGCUGAGGUAUCGUGUUAUAAUAUUUGUGAGCGAGAUGAUUGAUUUUAUCAUGCGUUUAUAAGAGAACACAAUGACUUGUCUUCCUGUUGUUUGGGCGUACGGAGGGCUUCUCGUCUAGCCGUUCUGCCUGAUUGUGUCAUGGUAGCUAUGCCCUGUGUGUCCCUGUAUCAGGAUUGCGAUGGGACUCGCCAUUCAUCCUCGUGUUGUACAUAAGUGUCGAGCUGUCUGGUUUGUCGUCCAGCCAGCUUUGAUGUAAUUUGUAAAUAAACGGCGAAAUGAUCAGA